AUGGCCGCUUUUGCCGAAGAGGACUAUGCGAUUGAGAAGCCAUUGGUAGCAUCGACAGGGCUGAGGCAAGGACUCACCUCUUAUGGAGAUGCCCACUUCUCCCUCUUCCUGAGAAAGGUAUUUAUCAAAGCCUUGGGGUAUAGUGAAGACGCUCUGUCGAGGCCAAUCAUCGGAAUCAUCAACACCUAUUCAAGCUUCAAUCCAUGUCAUGCGAACGUGCCGCAGCUCAUUGAAGCCGCCAAGCGAGGUGUUCAAUUGAAUGGUGGACUUGCUAUCGAUUUUCCUACUAUCAGCAUCCAUGAGUCGUUCUCCUAUCCGACAAGCAUGUUCUUGAGAAACCUCAUGAGUAUGGACACGGAGGAAAUGAUCAAGGCUCAGCCAGUUGAUGCGUGUAUCAUGAUAGGAGGAUGCGAUAAAACUGUACCUGCUCAGAUCAUGGGCGGAAUAUCCGCAAACAAACCCAUUUUACCUUUGGUCACAGGUCCGAUGAUGCCAGGGAGCCAUAAAGGAAAGCGGAUCGGAGCAUGCACAGAUUGUCGGAAUAACUGGGCGUCUUUUCGAGCUGGAAACCUAGACGUGGAAGAUAUUGCGUCGCUGAACGAAGAGCUGGCUCCCACGGCUGGAACAUGCGGAGUGAUGGGGACAGCCAGUACGAUGGCAUGCAUCACCGCAGCAUUGGGGCUCAUGCCCCUCCGCGGUGCAUCUGCACCCGCUGUCUCCUCCGCACGGCUUCGCAUUGCGGAAGAAACAGGCGCGAACGCUGUUGCGGCAGCGGGUGCCAAACGGUCCCCUCAGUCAAUCCUGACCAAGGAGUCUUUUUACAACGCCAUUAUCGUGCUUCAAGCGAUCGGAGGGUCGACCAAUGCCGUAGUGCAUUUGAUGGCGAUCGUUAAUCGUCACCCCAAGCUCUGUGGAAGUGGCGAUAUAACACUGCAAACCUUUGAUGAUAUUGGUCGGAAGGUCCCUCUGCUCAUCGAUCUCAAACCCAGUGGCGACAAUUAUAUGACUGAUUUUCAUAACGCAGGGGGUAUGCUUGCCUUGCUGCACACCCUCCGACCGUUGCUUCACCUUUCAGCGAUGACGCUGAGCGGUAUAACUCUCGGUGAGGUCUUGGAUCAGACCCCCUUCCGAACCUUCCCAUACUCCCAAGAGAUCAUUCGGCCAUUGUCCAACCCUCUGUAUCCUGCAUCAUCAUUGGUUGUUCUCAGAGGCAAUCUCGCGCCUGGGGGUGCCAUCAUCAAAGCGUCUGCCUCGAAAGAUCGGCGCCUACUCUGCCACACCGGGCCCGCCGUGGUCUUCAAGAACAGUGCUGAUCUGGCCCUUCGGAUCGACGACCCUGAUCUCAACGUGACCAAGGAUUCUGUCCUUGUUCUCCAGGCAAUCGGUCCCAUUGGCAACCCAGGUAUGCCCGAGGCUGGAAUGAUCCCAUUACCCCGCAAGCUUGCUGCCGCGGGUGUCACAGAUAUGCUGAGGGUGUCCGACGGGAGGAUGUCUGGCACAGCCGGUGGCACGAUUGUGCUACACGUAUCACCUGAGGCGAUCGUGCCAACCUCUGUCCUGGGCAUCGUGAGAGAUGGUGAUAUCAUCACCUGCGACGCUGAAACGCGAGUGCUGAAUCUAGAUGUUGACCAACGGGAGAUCGACGAGCGCCUUGCGGAAAGAGCAUUGAGCAGUGAGCAGGCUCGUCGCACGGACGACAUCCAGGCCAAGAGGGGAUAUGCCGGUCUGUAUCAACGUUCGGUCAACCAGGCUCAGGAAGGGGCUGAUUUCGAUUUCCUCACCGCGGCUGGUCCGAAGGGAAGGUGA